AACUACCAGCACCUCACCAACAUUGGGUUGGCUUUGUCAUUUGUGACCUUUGUCACGGCACUGUUAGCUGACAUCACACUGAGUCCUUCGUUGUAUUCUGUGAAGAACGCUCUGUCAACUACGGCGGCACCACUGGAAGUCCUCAUCAGCAUCCUAUACUGGGGGAUUCGGUCCAUCGACAAGAGGCUGUUGAUACCGGAGGGUUACGAGCUCCAUUGGCUGCCAGACGUCGGUUUUCAUCUGGUUCCAGCUGUCGUCCUAACUCUCGACCUCGUCCUGUUCAGCCCGCCAUGGACAAUCCGUGCGUACUCGGCCAUGUCGAUCAGCAUGGCUUUUGCCUUCCUGUACUGGGGCUGGGUUGAGUUCUGCUACAGCAAAAACGGAUGGUACCCCUACCCUAUCUUUGAUCUCCUAAAUACCGUGCAGCGAGUUGGGUUAUUCACCUUCUCUGCGGCAUUGAUGACGGCCAGCACGAGUCUUCUGAAAUGGGUAUACGGACGGUUCAACGGCUACGAGCAGAUGAAGGAGGAAGCUUACAAGCCCCUGAAGAAGACGCUGUAG